AAAUAUUCAUACGAACGUUGUUGUUUCAGUAGGUUGCUGAUUCUGAAAAGUGUUGGACGUUAGUAAUUAAAGAUUGUAAAUUUUCCUUGAUUAUAUCAUUUGAGGAUAAAAAAAUACGGACGACGGUAGGUGGAGCUGAAAUCGUAGUAGAAUGUAGGCCGAAGGGGAAGUAUACAAAACCCUGCACACUUCAAAAAAGUUGUUAUUGAAGUGGAUGCUACUUGAGAGUAGGGAAGCUGUGCAACCUCUUGUAAUCUUUUGAACUUCAUGGGCGUACCACAUCCGCCUGAAUAAGAAACAAACAUGCCAGGUUCGUGUGCAAGAUGCAGUACUGUUGUUUAUUUUAAUGAGGAGAAAAUAGCACUAGGUAAAUCAUGGCACAAGAGCUGUUUCAACUGUGCCAACAAGCAGUGUAAUAGACGAUUGGACAGUAAUAAUUUGACUGAGCAUGAAGGAGAAAUAUAUUGUAAAUCCUGUUAUGGAAAACUUUUUGGUCCUAAAGGUUAUGGGUAUGGUGUUGGAGCUGGAGUUUUGUCUAUGGAUUCAGCUGAUGCAUAUCAAAAUGGUCCUCCUACCAGUAACAUUCCUGCAGUGGCACAAGCACAUGUUGCUCCUUUGAAAGCUCCUGUUGUACCAAAAUCAUCUCAACCUAGAUGGGGAGGAGCUGAUGUAUGUCCUCGUUGUGGGAAAGCAGUUUAUAUGGCUGAAAAGAUGAUGGGUGGAGGAUCGGCUUGGCAUAAAACAACAUGUUUUAACUGCAAAGAAUGCCACAAACGAUUAGAAUCUAUGACACUCUGUGAAAGAGAAGGAGAGAUUUACUGUAAAACUUGCUAUGGAAAGUUGUAUGGUCCUAAAGGAUAUGGAUAUGGACAGGGGGCUGGAACCUUGCAGAUGAGUUAGUCAUGAAGUGUAAUGUGAAUUUUUAUUCAACGAAAUGUGUUCCAUUAGACAUGACACAAUGUACAAAACCUAAGGCUGAAAAGGCAGCUAUUAUACUUUUAAAUAGUUGCUUUUCAUUUUUUUUUUCAUUGUAUGUUUUGUCACAUUUUAAUUGUCUGUAUCUUGCCAAAUUCAAAUUGACUUAUUAAUGCAAUAUAUUUUGUUUAUAUUCUUUUAAAUUGUAAUUGAGUUAAGAUAUAAUUGCCCUAUGUUUAUAUUACAAAUUAGAGAUUUAAAAUGAACUAAUAAUUAUUGUAUUAUUUCACUCACAAUACUUCCUGCAUUAAAUUAUUACCUUUAAUUUUAAAAGUAAAAUAAAUUAAAAUUUAAAAAUAGAUUCCAAAAAAAAAUGUUGUACUGAACAAUAUUACUGAAUUAAAGAUUUAAAAUUCAAAUCUUGAAUAAUGUUCAACUCUUUAAUAUUAUUAAAUUUGUAUUAUCAAAAUUGAUUGUUUAUUUGAAUUGUAUUAAUAUACAGCAAUGAAACAUGAUUCAUAUUAGUAUGAGAAUCUAAAUCCGCUGUCUUCGAACAGCGGGCUUGCCUAUGGCAAGUGCCAUAAGAAACAACAACAACAUGAGAAUGAAGUUUAAAAUCAUUAUUUUUUUUUUUUCUGCAUAAAAGAAAUAAAUUUAAGGGUGCCUAUUUUCUUCCGUUUUUGCAUCCAUGAUAUUUUUUUUUACUUACUGCAGCAUUAUGUUUAAUUAAUAAUUUUGAUUUGUGGAAAAUAAUUUUAUAUCUUAACUCAUUACAUUUUAUUUAUUUUUACUCAUUUUUCUAAUCAAAAAUUUGUAUCAAUUUAUGUUUAUAUAUAAUACAUAUUACUAAAAUGUGCUUAUUGAAUACAUAUUUGCUGAAAAUUACUGAUUUAUACUGUGUUUUAUAUACUUAUUAGCUGUAAUCAAUUUUGAUAUAUUUUGAAUUUGACUGAUAAUUGUAUUUAUGGGAAGAAAAAUAUAUAAUUCCAUGAUAUUAUAAUAGUUUUUUUUAAUUAUUAUUAUUAUUUAUUUUGGUGAAUUUUUGCUAUCAAGAUAAAAUAUUUGUGAUAAAUAUUAAAAAUAUGGAACUAUACAAGUUUCAAAUUUUAAAGAGUUGAAACAUGUGCAACAUUUCUAUGCUUUCAUUAUCUCUAUAAAUAGUCAAAAGAACGUUAUUUGCUGAAAGUCAUUAUGCACUUAUGUUGCUUCUUUGCACACUUUUAUGAUUGUCACAUGCACUAUGUCUAAAAUUUUGCUCUUUGAAAUUCAUUAUUUGCUUGCUGUUGCACUGAAUAUAAUUUUUAAAUGAUCUGUGUCUCAUUACAGCAUAUAUAUAGUAAAUUCUUGCUGAUAGCUGUCAGCACUAUUUUACGAUAGUAAUCAAAUGUUACAGAAUUAUUACAAAAAUCUUUUAACCCGAAAUAAAUAUUUUAAACUUUUUCCUUUUUUUUUUCCAAAUGUUAAAUAAAUUCUUUUUGUUGAUAAUAUGAAAGAUUGCAACUAAUAAAUUCAACAUUUGAGAGUAAAGAAUUUUAAGAGUUAUAAUUGAUGCAUUGCCUGUUUUUUAAAAUGCAAAUAUAUUUAACUUUCAGUGUUCUGACAUCAAUGUUGAAUAAUAUCCAAAUUAUUUUCUUCUAAAUAUUGUAGAUGUAAUUAGUGGAAAACAUCUUAUAAAAUAUUAUAUUUCUGAAUUCAUAACAGUAUAUUUAAAAAUGAAAAACACAUGCACACUCCUAUAUGCACAAAUAGAUUUUCAAAAUGUUAAGGUACUUUUUUCCCUUUAAAUUAUCAAAUUGAUUAAAAAUUGAAAUAUAUUACAUCAAAAUUUUGUAGUUCAAUGAGCUUCACAAUGUUUCUACUGUAUCUUGUCAUUUUGAAUUAGUGGCCAAAAUAAUUACUUUGUUAUUGUUAGAUAUUUAUGAAUUCAAUCUCUACAUAUGCUUGUAAGUAUGAGAAAAGAUUAUAGGAAUAAUCUUUUUACAAAUGCAGAUUAUUUUGAUAGACUGAAUCAUCGGUUUGUUGUGGUUGAUAAGAAUUUAACAUAAUAGUAGCUCUUAGAUAUUGCAAUAUUGCUCAAUAUUUAGAUGCAAAUUUACAAUCGUUUCAAAAUGUUAAUACAAAAAUAAAUUUAUAAUGCUUGUUGAAUGUUGUAAUUGGAAUAUUUGCAAACUAAAUAUCAAAUUUCUUUUCAUAAAUUGUGCGCUUGAUUUAUAAUUAAAAUUAUACAGAAGCUCUGCUAUUUUUGUACUGCAUUUGUUUGUAAAUCUCAUUCCAAAAGAUUAAAUAUUCCAGUAAUUGUAUUUAUUUUAGCAUUCCAUUUUUGAAAUAUACUCUUGUUUAUAAUUACAUGCAAUCCCAACUACCUCUUUCUGAAAUUAUAUUCUAGGUAGUAUAACAGGUUCAAAUAUUCUUUUAAUUGAUUUGAGAAUGAUUAAUGUAUACAUAAAUGCUGAUUGGUUUAUGUUCUGUACAUUUCUUUUAUAUAUAUUUUUUAUUGAAAUAUAUUAUUCCAAAUAAAGUCUAAGCAAAUUCAACUGAUUUUGCUUAUUUGUUAUAUUUCAGCUUUUUACAAUGUACUUUUUUUACAAUUUAAAAUUAUAGUCAAUGAAAUUGAUAUAUUAAAGUGUUUUAAGGUUGUGUUUUGCUGCUGAAUCAAAGGAUUAUAUGAAUACAUACCUGUAUUUCUUCUAUAUUUUAUUCCAUAUUAGCCAUAUUUUUCUCUCAUAGUGGUCUUUUUAUUGAGUAUUGUAAGCUGUAGCAGUUUUGUUUAGCUCUUCUUUUUAUCUUUAAUUUUAUAUGAAAAUAUUCUGAUGUUUGUUUAUUUUAAUUGCAUUGUUCUUUUAAUAACUGAUUUAUUGUAGAACUUUUUUGAUAGAUUAGUAAUUUACUUUCAGUUUUCUGUUCUCAUUUAGUAUGACCUAUAUUAUUUACUUAUAACCUUUAGUAUGAAAUUUACAAUUUUUGCUCUUGAUUUUUAAUAUCUAGACUGUUACAAAAUGUUUUAUGUAUAAUUUUGUUUCAUAUGUUGAAAUGUGGCAGCAGAAAAUAUUGUAUUUUCUUUUGAUUGUUUCACUAUUUAACAAAUGUUUGUAUAUUUGCAUUAUCUCAUAUAAUGCUCCAGUUUUUCACGUAUUUUUCUCUCCUUAUGAGGUAAUAACAUUUAAUAUGAACAAUGCUCAUUAUUUUCAAUUAAACUCACGUAAGCUUAAAAUAAAUUUAGGUUUAGGUUUUGCUUAUAAUUGGAAAUUUUUUAAUUCUAAAAUUAUUUUAUAUAUUAAGGCAUUUAUGAACUAAUUUGUUAUUUUGGUAAAUUAUCAUAAUCUAAAUUAUCUCUUUAUAUGCAGCUGUAAAAUCAAUUUUGUUUUAUAGGAAUCUCUGCAUUUAUGUUAUUCAUUGAAAGUAAUGUAAAUGAAAAUAUUUAUUUUGGGCAUGCAUUAGUGCUUUCAUUAUCAUACAAAUGUCUGACUGGAAGAAUAUUUUUAUCGUGCGGAUUAAUUAGAUACUUGGCAUUUUGUAAAAUCAACAAAUAUAAAAGAUACCUAUAUUCUCUAAAUAAAACAUUCACUUCUUAAUCUAUUUUCAAUAUUUGUCAAUGACUAAUAUACCUCUGCCUUAAAUCAUCAAAUAAUAUCAAUCCAUUAUUUUUAGUAUCGAGAAAGAUGGCAGUCUAAUUAGUAAUUUUAUGUUUUCUUAGUUUUAAUUUAUUGUGAAACACUAGCUAACAGUUGUUUAAGGAGUCUUUAUGAAAACAAAUAAUUGUUUUUAUAAUUUUAAUUAUUUGUAGUAUGUCUAUAGCAUAAUUAGAAAAUGCUUAAUAUACCCUUGUUGAUGAUUUACUAAUAUGCAUUCUAUUUGCAGAAUUGUUUAGCUUCACAAAAGCCAUGUUAUAGUCACAUAGAUGCAUUAUGUACACAUAGAUCUAAUGUAUUUUAAUAAUAAAUAAAGUAUAGAAUUAUUUCCCUU